UUUUCUAAUUUCUCAGUGGGCAAUGCCAGCAAUGGAUACAGGCUUUCUGUGGGAAAGAUGCGCAAUGGAACCAUUGGGGACUCCUUUGUUGGUGCCAGAAACAUGAAGUUCUGCACCAAAGAUCGAGACUGCAACAAAAUGGCGGCAAAGCAUCAUGGCAGCUGGUGGUUCAGCAAGGACACGGAGGCAAACCUCAAUGGGAACGGCAAAAGAAAAGGGACCUACCAUGCCAACUACGCUGAUGGCAUUUAUUGGAAGACUUUCAAAGGAGUGUGGUAUUCCUUAGAAUCUACAAGAAUGGCCAUAAGACCUGUGGCAGUGCCAAGCAGUACAACUUCCACUACAAAAAGCACAACCACUUCUACAACCAAGAGUACUACAACUUCCACAACCACAAAGACUACGACCAAGAGUACUACACCUUCUACAACUACAAGGACUACAACCAAGAGUACUCCAUCUACAACCACCCAUAAAACUUCUACAACCACGCAAAAAAUUCCAACUGAUAGAGCCUGUACUCUGAGAGAUGCUGACGGAAACAACAAUGUCUACUACAUCUAUCCUGGAACCAAGUGUCAGAAGUUUGCAGAAUAUGCUGAGAAGGAACGAUAUGGCCGGGUGCUUGAGUGUCCCCCUGAUACUGUGUUCAAUGUACGGAAUUGCCAAUGUGAUCAUCCUGCUGCAACUAUAUGUCCAGCCUCUGAGCCACCCCUGGACUGUUCAGACCUGCUGACAUAUGGACUGAAGGUGGACGGCAUCUACGAGUUCAGUGUUGGCAAUGACGUGCUGACAGCAUCCUGUCUGCAGACUAAGAUGGGAGGAGGAUGGCUGAUCAUACAAAACCGUGAGUUGACCCACAAUCAGCCACCUCCCCUCAACUUCUCAGGGUAUGGCUGGGGCGACUAUGCCAGGGGAUUUGGUAGAGUGGGGUACGAGUUCUGGUGGGGUCUGGAGAAAAUGAACCUACUUACUAGUCUAAACAGAUAUGACCUUCACCUCAUUCUACACGACUAUGACUCCAACACAGCAUCAGCCCAAUACACGGGAUUCUCUGUCGGCAAUUCCAACAAUGGAUACAAACUGAACAUUGGGAAAUUUAUGGGAGGAGAUGCAGGUGACUCCCUCAGUAGCAGUGAGGGUGUCAAGUUCUACACCCCAGACAAAGACAGCAGUAACAGUGACGCCGCAAAGCGACACGGUGGUUGGUGGUUCAACAAGGACAACAUCACGGCAAACCUGAAUGGCAACCUAGCGCGAAGAGGGAGAUAUAACACCACCAUUGCUGAUGGAAUCUUCUGGAAGAGCUGGCAUGGGCAGUGGUACUCCCUGUCAGCCACCACCAUGAUGAUAAAACCAUCUGUGAUGAGCAAGUUUGAACAUUAAGGAACAAUUUAGAACUUAAAAUGGAAGGUUAAGUGCACCUGAGCCCAUGGAAAAAGACAUCCAAAACUUAAAAUGUCUUCUACAUGGUGUCUGAACUUAAAACAAAGAAAAAAUACUUAAAUUUAACUCUUGUGGUUUAAGGUAUCUUUCUUAGGCUAAAAAAAAUCAAAAUUUGAAGUGGAAUCCUUUUUCCCGGUAACUGUUGCCAGCCUAAAUUCAAAUAUAUUUUUUAAUAUGAGGUCGAUGUUAUUGACUGUCAUAUUCUGAAGAAGGCUCAUAUGGAUAGUUCCAGGGUCUAAUUGAAAAAAUGAACUUUAUGCUCUAUGGAUUUCAAAAUAAAUUCAAGGAAAAAAACUGAACUUCAGUUUCAACCAUUCAACCAAUUUUAAUUACAAAACACAAACAAAACGUACAUCAUAUCCUAAAUCACUGUUAAAAUUACAACCAGACCCCAGUUUACCCAUCCAACCCCCCAAAAUACAGGGGCGGAUUUAGGCCGUCUUCUGGGUCUUCCGGAAGACGGUCAGAUUUUCAAGU